GACGGCGACCGCCGGCGGGAGCGGGCGGCGAUGGAGCGGCCGCCGCCAUUUUAUCCCGGUUUACCCGAGCGGUGCCAUGAGGGGCCAGGGCCGCUUCCUCCGGCUUUCACGCUUCACAACCGAGGCCGGGAUUCCUUUUAUAACCCCGGGAUUAGGAAUGAGGAGAGGUCCGGUACCGGACUUUCUUUCUCCCGCCAACCUGGUUUGGCGGGAUCGGAGGGAGGCCUGGCUCAGGGCCGGGCUGCGGCUGGGGGAGACUGGCGGCUACCCGCUCCCCCCGCGGACAGCUUCCAUCACGGCGGCCUGGGAGGGCCUGCUCCGGAUCUGAGCAGGGUGGAGCCGCACCAGGAGUACGGCCAGCGGCCACAGUGGGACCAUCGAGACCGCCCUCAGGCUCAGGAGAACCGGGAGCGCCCGAGGAACUACCCACCCCAUCCGUGGGGUCAUGACCCCACCCCUCACCCCCAGGGUCAGCAACACCGAGACCACCCCCCUCACCCCCAGGGUCAGCAACACCGAGGUCAUCCCCAGGGUCAGCCAUACACAAAUGAGCCCCCUCACCACCAGGGUCAGCAAUAUCGAGACCACCCUCCCCACCCACAAGGUCAACAACACCCAAUUCACCCUCCUCACCCAAACAGUUGUCAGCACCCAGACUACAUAUCUCACUCACAAACGCAUGAACAUCUUACCCACUCAUGGAAUCAUCUCCCUCAAGGUGAACCUCCCCACCUACAGGGCUGCCCUUCUGUUCCCCAGCAUCAGGAACAGAAGGAACAUCUGCCCCACCAGCGGGGGUAUGAAUGCAGAGAUCAAGUUAGUCUCCCACAGGGGUUUUCACAACAGGGCCGCUCAGCUAAUCAGUACCACGAAAUUCAACAGGGAUUGUCACAUCGUCCCCAGCUUCCAUUUCAACCUGAACAAAUGGAUUCUCAGCAACAGUAUCCAUUCUGGGAGCAUUUACAUCCAGAGCAACAUCCACCCUUCUCAGAGAGAACUGGAGUUGCCAAAAACGUGCCACCUCAAAUGCACAGCAUGUCUUCCCAGUCUGAGAAUAUUUCCUGCCAGGACGAAUCCUUGCUUUGUGGUGGAGGCCUUAAUUCACCAGUGGGAUAUGGACCUCAGAACUCUCAGUUAAUAAAUCCUAGCCACAGCAUGCCUAAUCAGCAGAACUUCCCAAAUUCAUCAGGAGACAUACCAUCUUGGAAAAAGGAACGUGACACCCUGUAUAACAAUGAAAACAUGGCAACACCAUGGCCCAGUGUUGCUAACUUCUCUCAAAACCUUAAAGACGUCAAUGCUGAACAGCUGCAUAGGAAUGACUCCAUAACUAGAAACCUAUCAGAACAAUUGCCCCAUAAUUUUAAAUAUAAUGAACCUUUAAAGGAACAAGAUGAGCUAUGGUUUACCCGAUUCUUGUCAAAACGUAGGUUGCAGCCUUCUGAAAUUAAAAAGCCCAAAUCUUACCCAUUAAUUAGUGAAGUAAAAGAAUCUGUACUCAGUGCUUGUAAACUUGUGACUGAGCUCACCGCCUUAUGCCAGCAAUUAAGAUUUAAUGUCGAAAAUGAAGCAGUUUGGACUGAAUCCUAUCUGAAAGCAGCUGAAAUGAGAACUGCUUUACAGGAAAAAUUAAAGACACUAAAAAAUGACAACUAUCUCAGUGCUGUGAAAACGAAAUUGGAAAGAAUCAAGAAGAAAAGGAGCAGCAUUCAAAGGAAGAAACAAAUGCGGCACUUAGAAAAACAAGAGGCAGAGGCAAGGACAGCAGAAAAGGAAGCAAAAAUUGAUGCAUGGAGAAUGAAACGUAUCCGAGAAGUUGAAGAAAAAAAGAGGGAACGUGAACUGAAAGCUGCAGCAGAUGGUGUCUUGUCAGAGGUACGGAAGAAACAGGCAGAUGCAAAAAGACUAACGGAUAUCCUGCGGGCACUGGAGAAGCUGCGGAAACUGAGGAAGGAAGCUGCAGCUAGAAAAGGUGUUCAACCUCCUCCUUCAGCUGAUGAAACCUUCGAACAUCAUAUCGAGAGGCUGAGAAAGCUGAUUAAAAAACGCAGUGAAUUGUAUGAUGCCGAAGAAAGAGCCUUGAGGGUUAUGCUGGAAGGAGAACAAGAAGAAGAAAGGAAAAGGGAAAAUGAGAAAAAGCUGAGGAAAGAAAGAGAAAAACUAGAGAAACAGCAACAUGAAGUGGAAAUCAUGAUGUUUGGAGAUCCAGAUUUACCUUCAGAUCACCCACUGCAGCCAUUUCGCCAGUAUUAUUUGCAAGCUGAGCAUUCCUCUCAUGCGCUUGUGCAAAUCAGACAAGAAUGGGAUCAAUAUCUUCUACCAGGAGAUCAUCCUGAUGGAAGCAGUAUUCCCCGCGGUUGGGUCAUUCCACAUACACCCAGUUCUGACACAUGGGCAACUGCACUCCAACAGAAUGAGAGUUGAUGCUAUUCAACAAUUUUCUUUCUGGCUGAAGUAUUUUAUUGCUGAUUAGUAUCUGCUUUAUAUUAAAUAAAGAUGAAUUCACCUCGCA